AUCAAUGAUAAAAUCAAACUUUUCAACACAUAAGUCAGAAAAUAUUUCAAAUAUUUAAGUCUAAAAACAACUACAAACAUAAAAAUUCACCAUUUGGAGCUUGCAAUUAUAGUAUUUCGGGUUUUCGGUCGGAAAUUCAAAAAUUCGGUUCGGUUGAAAGAACCCUGAUUUCCGAAAUAUCCAUAUUUUCCUUCCAAAUUUCGAACCUAAUAGCACUAAUUCGAUUUCGGUUCGGUUUAAUUCGGUUUCGGUUCGGGUUUACCGAACCGUUUGCCCACCCCUACCAAAUGCCACUCCUAAACCACACAUUAAUGUACCGCACGACGCCGGUCGCCGCACCACAACUUCGGACCGUGCUAAAAAAGCAAGCUUUAGAUAAACAGAAAAACAAAAAAAGAGGACCUUGCCAGUUGCCAGAGUUGAGUUAGUUAGUGACACCCCACAAGCACAGAAACUCCACAGAGAGAGGAGAGAGAGAGACCGAGAGAGUUCGUUUGGAGACGUUGCCGGACUCCAAACGUCACACUGCGGCGAAAUUUGGGAAUCCGGUUUGCGUCCGGUCUAGGGUUUCGUCCAUCUUCCUCGUCGGCGACACAGUAGCAAGCAUACGUGCUUCGCAGGCUUUCUCCCGACUGAUUGAUUCCCCUUGGCGCUCCCAGAGUCGAAAGUUGAAGAAGAGCGCCCCCCUGCCCCCAGGAUAGGGGCUGUGACUUGCUUCUUCUGUAUCAAAUUCAAUUUUGGCGGCUGUGCACGAAAUUCAGUUGACUUCAGUUCCUAGAUAAGCAAACUGUGGAUGUGAGGUUCGUCAUGUCGUCUUCUACCCCGCAGAGGAAGAUGUGGUCCGUUUGGUCUCCGCGGAGAGAGGCUCACAAAUCUGGCGGGCUUUUGCAUCAGACCCUCAAUUCCAAUGGCACUCCGGCUUCCGAUUCCGGGGAUGGGAGCCCUUUCAGAGGGAAAGCCGUGCUUUUUACUGAAGCUGCUUCUCCCAAUGGCUUGAGUCGUGCUUUGGAUACUCAGGAUUUGGCUGCCAAGAUUUCAAGGCUUGAGAAUGAGUUAUUUGAAUAUAGUAUGGAGCUUCUUUUAGUUGAAAAGAAGGAUUGGAAUGCUAAAGCUGAUCAACUCAAGCAAGCGUUAGCUGAUGUGAAGGAUGCACUGAAAAGGGAGCAAGCUACACACUUGGUUUCAGUCUCUGAUGCUGAGAAGCGAGAAGAAAAUUUGAGGAAGGCAUUGGGGGUUGAAAAACAGUGUGUGGUUGAUCUGGAGAAGACUGUGCAGGAGAUGCGAUAUGAAAAUGCUGAAAUUAAGUUCACUUCUGAUUCUAAGUUGGCUGAAGCAAAUGCAUUGAUGAGCCGUGUUGAAGAAAGAUCUCUUGAGGUUGAGGCAAAGCUGCGGUCAGUUGACUCUAGGCUGGCAGAAGUGAGCAGAAAGAGUUCAGAGCUGGAGAGGAAAUCACAAGAGGUUGAGACCCGAGAAAGUGCCAUAAGAAGGGAUCGUUUAUCCUUGAUUGCAGAGAAAGAAGCACACGAAGACACUUUAUCUAAGCAAAGAGAUGACUUGCGAGAAUGGGAGAGAAAAUUACAAGAGGAGGAAGAGAGGCUAUCAAAGGGUCUGAGAAUCGUCAAUCAAAGAGAAGAAAGGGCGAAUGAGAAUGAUAGACUGUUCAAGCAAAAGGAGAAGGACCUUGAGGAGGCACAAAAGAAGUUGGAUGAAGCAAAUUCAGAUUUGAAACGGAAAGAAGAUGACAUAGCUAUUCGCACAGCUAAUCUGAAUCUUAGGGAAAAGGAGUUUGAUACUACUAAAAAUAUAUUACAGUUGAAAGCGGAGGAGUUACGUGCCCUGGAAGAGAAGCUGAAUGAGAGAGAGAAAGUGGAGAUUCAGAAGCUCCUUGAGGAGCAUCAAGCUAUUCUGGAUGCCAAAAGUUCCGAAUUCGAGCUGGAGGCUGAGCAAAGGACGAAAUCCUUGGAUGAGGAGUUGAAGAGCAAGGUACUCGAUUUGGAGAGAAAGGAAGCUGAAGUCGAGCAUUGGGAGGCGAAAGUUGCAAAAAGGGAGCAGGGUUUGGAUAAGAGACUGGAGAAGCUCAAAGAGAAAGAAAAGGAUUUUGAAUCCAAAUCAAAAUCUCUCAAGGAAAGGGAGAAGGCCAUCAAAUCUGAGGAGAAGAACUUGAUGAUAGAGAAAAAACAGCUGCAUUCUGAUGAGGAAAAACUUAUAAACCUUAAAGUUGAGCUUGACAAAUUAAAGGCUGCUAAUGAGCAGCAGCUUCUGAAGAUUCGUGAAGAGAAAGAGCAACUCCAGAUAAGUCAAGAUGAGAGGUUUGAGUUUGUUCGUCUUCAAUCUGAACUGAAAGAGGAAACAGAAAAGUGCAGAUUUACCGAGGAACUGCUUUUGAAGGAGGCCGAAGAUUUAAAGCAGCAGAAGGAGAACUUUGAGAGGGAGUGGCUGGAAUUGGAUGGAAAGAAAGCUGAGAUUGAACGAGAGCUAAAAAGCAUUAGUGAGCAGAAAGACAAGUUUGAGAAGCAAAGGCAAUCCGAGGAGGAAAAGGUUAAGCACGAGAGACAGGCUACAGAAGAUUACAUCAAAAGGGAGUUUGAAACUCUUGAAUUAGCGAAAGAGUCAUUUAAGGCCAAGCUGGAGCAGGAACAGUCUAUGAUGACUGAGAAACUGGAGAGUGAUAAAAACUUAAUGCUGAAUGAGAUUGAGGUACUGAAGAGUGAAACUGAGAACAGCUUGCAGAAGAAGCAGGAAGAAACGAACAGACAUCUGCAGGAGAAGGAGAUAUUGUUUGAGGAGGAGAAACAGAGAGAAAUGAAAAAUCUCAAUUACUUGAAGGAUGUGGCUAGAAGAGAGAUGGAUGAACUGAAGAUGGAGAGAUCAAGGGUAGAAAAGGACAGGCUGGAGCUUGCUGAAAACAAGAAGCAUCUUCAGGAGCAACAACUUGAAAUUCGAGAAGAUAUUGAUGGACUUAGGCAGCUUAGCAGGAAGCUCAAGGACCACAGGGAAGUAUUUACUAAAGAGAAAGCACGCUUCAUUGCCUUUGUAGAGCAGCACAAGGAUUGUAAAAACUGUGGUGAAGUGACAUCCCAGUUUGUUCUUUCCGACUUAAUCUCUUCACAAGAAAUUGAGAAUGCCAGUAUCUUGUCUGCUUCAAGACUGGCAGUGUCAGGAGCUGGGAAUUGCAAAAACUCAAAAGCCUCUGAAAGAACAGAGGCUGAGAAAUCUUCUGUAGUGGCCAGAAGCUAUACAGUAUCUCCAGCUUCUUGGCUCCAGAAGUGCACAACCAAAAUAUUCAACUUCUCCCCGCUCAAAAGGAUAGAGCUUGUAAGAGACUUGGCUGAUGUGGCAGAACCUUCAAACAGAGUGGAUAUCUUUGAAGAUGAGCAAGAAAUAUCUCUCGUUUAUGGAAAUGACUCGCUUGAUGACCGGAGGGUACAGUAUGAUGGUACCGGAGAUGCUAUUACAGCAAUGCAAGAUUUGUCAGCAGAUGGCCAAAGUGAUGUUAACAGUAUGUCAUUGCAACCUCCUCAAGAGAUCUCUGAGUCUUCUGAUCUGAGGGGUGGGCGGGGUCCCAUUAAAAGAAGAGUGAAAGUCAGUAGAACACCCUCUAUCAAAGUUGAUGUAGGAGAUGCCAAAGCAGUGCUUGGAGAGGCUUUGGAAUCAGAUUUGGUGGCCAAAGAUUCUGAACUUCUGAUAUCUGAAAGCCACGGUGAAUCUAGCCAUGCCGACAAGGGAACUCAUAGAAAUGGGAAAAAGAGGAGCCGAAAACAUGCUUCCAAGACCACAACAGUUGAACGUGAUGGCAAUGAGAGUGAGGGGCAUUCUGGUAGCACCGUAGCUGGAAAACGCAGGAAGCGUCAGCAGAACGUAACUGAUGUGCAAGCUCCAGGUGGAUCAAGAUACAAUCUCCGGCGGUCAAAGCUGGCAGCUGUUGUGGAUGCCAAAACUUCAUCCAACCUUAAAAGUAAGAACAAGAAAGAGGGCGACGGUUUAGUUAGUCCCAAUGAUGGAGAUAUAUUGAGAAGUCGUGCAGAUAUGCCAGCAGGGGACACUCGUGAAAAUGGGACAACUAGACACUCUGCUAUGCCAGCUGAGGAAGUUGCAGAACACAAUGAGAGACAGGCUAAUCCAGAUGUAAAUGUGGUGAUGAGUGAGGAGGUAAAUGAGAGGGUAGAAAUGGAAGGGGAGCAAGAGUAUGCUACCGAAUCCAAUAGAGAAAGUGACGAUGAGGAUGAGAAUGAAGAUGACGAAGAAGAAGAGUCGCUUCAUCCUGGUGAAGCCUCAAUAGGGAAGAAACUGUGGACUUUCUUGACGACGUGACAUGGUUGUAGCCAAGUUUAAGGUUUGACGGACUCUUUGAUUGUUUGUCGCAGUAUAUAGUCAGGAUUUCCCUUUUCCCCCCUUUUCUGGGUUUUGUGGCGUGUAUUAUUCUUCCCUUUUGCCGAGUAGGUUGCAUUCAUCCAGGAGGUGCACAAGUUAAAAGUGUAGACAGAGUAGCGUCCUGGUUUUGUUUCACCCCUUGUUUGUUUGAUUGAUUACCACUUAGGGUAUAUUUAAUUCGGAGCUGUUCUGUAUUAAAAACUGUUAACACGGGAACAGUAGAGCCAAUCAUCUGAUCUUUGGAUGGAACAGAUUCAGUUCAUAUUGAAGCCUACAUUCGUAGUUGAUUCGAUUGUGGUACCAGAUAACAGUAUUUUCUUAACAUUGUCUGAUCGAUCUGCUGAUGGGGUUGUGUUCCUUGGAUGUUUUCAUUUACGCUAGUGAAGUUUCGAACUGUCGAUUUUUUAUUAUCUUUGUGUCUUGCAUUAUCUACUUGCACAACCUUGGAGGAGUCCCUGGGCCUUGGGUAUAAGCUGUAACUAGCAACAAAAUCUCAACCCACAGGAACCCGUGUUAACAGGUUUUGGAUCGGGUUUAGAUUUAAAUUUGUUACAUCUUCACCGAGUUGGAUUGAGUUUGGGUUUAGGGAUAUCCGACCUAUGGGUGCCUGUCCACACUUAUUUCGUCACCUACUCUCUACAAACCCUACCCUAAUUCUAAUUUUCCCCAAUCUAAUUUACAAUUUGUAUGGAUAAUUUGUGAUUUUUUUGAAUUUUCUAGACUCGUGUUUUAUGUAUGGAUAAUUUGUAUAGAUAAAUUGAUGUUUGACUUUUAUUUUGAUAGUAACUUGUCAUUGUAAAUUUUUUACCACAAAAUCCAUGGGUACCCAUGAACCCGCGGAUACCCAAUGGCGUUAGAUUGGGUUUGAGUUUUUCAAACCCAUUGGUUUUACCCCCGGUUUUUUUGACGGAUAAACCCAUGGGUUUGGUAAAACCUGACCCAUUGCCAUCCCUAGCUAUAACCUAGGAAACGUUCGGUUCUCCACUGCUCUUUGGUUCAUUGUUCGAGGAUAUGAUACUGACGACUGCCACUAAACAUCUCCAUCCGAAACAUGUGCUAUAUUGAACACGGGUUUGGUCUAUUGGUCUAGUGGUAUUAUCAUUUUUUUAUAUAUUUGGAAGUUCUAUUUUUAAAUUCAUUUAAUAAUACCUAAUUAUAAAAAUAAACAUAUAUCACAUACAUAAUAAAGGUUUAUCCAAAUAUCCAUCGACUUGUGCAUUGCUAGUACACAUUGUGAGGCUGAAACCUCUUUUCUUUGGGUUGAAAGUUGAAACCAUUGAGAUUUAAGUCAAGAGAGUUGUAGAAGAAUAAAAAGAAAUGAGUUAACACGUGAAAGUAUCUAUUCUAGACCCUUAAAUUGUGACACAAAGUACAUACAUUUCUCAUAAUUAUUGUCAUAGUACAUUGAAUUAUUGCUAUGAUUGCUUCAAGUGGGUUCUAGCAAUCCUAGGAUUGCUUUUAUACGAUUGCGCUUUUGGUAGCGUUUUGUGCAUUUUCAGGGCGAAGUAGUCUAGUGGACCACUUGCAAGCCAUAGGGGACAUCGAGCCCAAGCUGCUGGAGCAAGGAUUCAAACAUCAGAAGGUGCCAAUGGCACCGUUUUAGUGACCACGUGUUUGGAGCGUCAUCCACUUCAUCAAGAAGUUAUCACAGAUCAUCUUGAUUCGUUGGCCACGUGCUUGGAGCGCUCUGAUUGAGCAAAUGAUGCAGAAAGGAUGAGUUUUCCUCCUAAGAAAACCUAAUCGAAGAUCUAUAAAUAGCCUUCAAGAUAUAGAGUUCGGGAGGAAGAGAUGGGAGGUCAAGGAAGUGUCGUUAUUCUACUGACAGAGCAACCCUCAUGACUUAGAGGGAGAAUCGGCGGCAAAAUCAGCACCGCUGGGACCGAUUUUAUGUUAUGGCCAUCGAUUACCGAGGUCUCCUGGAGUCUUCGUUUCCAUCGAUGAACAUCCAGGAAUCCCUCCCUAAGGUUGGCUAAGUUCCUUAUUUGUGUAGGUAUGUGAACCCUAAGAGUUCUAACCAUGUAAACUCGAUGAUUUGGUUAAUACAAUUUUUGAUUUUCA